CGCCUCCGGCCCCGGGACGUCCUGGCCAGCCCGGCCGCCGCCCCGCGCCAGCCCCGAGCCCUGGCUGUCCCACCCUCCUGAUCGGCCGAGUGGUUAAUGCGGACGGUUAAGAAGCUACGCCUGGACAACGUGAACACAGGAAAUUGGAGAAGCUUCUCGCUGAAUUCCGAGGGGGCAGAGAGGAUGGCCACCAGGGCACCGACGUCCGACCAGGGCGACACGGUUGAGAUGGAGGACCCAGCAUCCCGCUUCCAGGUGCAGAAGCACUCGUGGGAAGGGCUCCGGAACAUCAUCCACGGCAGCCGCAAGAACUCGGGCCUGAUCGUCAACAAGGCUCCUCAUGACUUCCAGUUCGUGCAGAAGACGGACGAGUCAAGUCCCCACUCCCACCGCCUUUACUACCUAGGGAUGCCUUAUGGAAGCCGAGAGAACUCCCUCCUCUACUCUGAGAUUCCCAGGAAGGUCCGGAAGGAAGCCCUGCUGCUCCUGUCCUGGAAGCAGAUGCUGGACCACUUCCAGGCCACUCCCCACCACGGGGUCUACUCUCGGGAGGAGGAGCUCCUUCGGGAGCGGAAGCGCCUGGGAGUCUUUGGCAUCACCUCCUAUGACUUCCACAGCGAGAGCGGCCUCUUCCUCUUCCAGGCCAGCAACAGCCUCUUCCACUGUCGGGACGGGGGCAAGAAUGGCUUCAUGGUGUCCCCCAUGAAGCCACUGGAAAUCAAGACCCAGUGUUCUGGGCCUCGGAUGGACCCCAAGAUCUGCCCUGCUGACCCCGCCUUCUUCUCCUUCAUCAACAACAGCGACCUGUGGGUGGCCAACAUUGAGACGGGCGAGGAGCGGCGGCUGACCUUCUGCCACAGGGGCUUAUCCAAUGUUCUCGAGGACCCCAAGUCUGCAGGCGUGGCCACCUUCGUCAUCCAGGAAGAAUUCGACCGCUUCACUGGCUACUGGUGGUGUCCUACAGCCUCCUGGGAAGGUUCAGAAGGCCACAAGACACUGCGAAUCCUGUACGAGGAAGUCGAUGAGUCUGAGGUGGAAGUCAUUCAUGUGCCCUCUCCUGCACUAGAAGAAAGGAAGACAGACUCGUACCGAUACCCCCGCACAGGUAGCAAGAAUCCCAAGAUCGCCUUGAAGCUGGCCGAGUUUCAGACUGACAGUCAGGGCAAGAUCAUCUCAACCCAAGAGAAGGAGCUGGUGCAGCCCUUCAGCACGCUCUUCCCCAAGGUGGAAUACAUCGCCAGGGCAGGGUGGACCCGGGACGGCAAAUAUGCCUGGGCCAUGCUCCUGGACCGGCCCCAGCAGCGGCUGCAGCUUGUCCUUCUGCCCCCGGCCCUGUUCAUCCCCACCACUGAGAAUGAGGAGCAGCGGGCGGCCUUCACCAGAGCCGUGCCCAGGAAUGUCCAGCCGUACGUGGUGUACGAGGAGGUCACCAACGUGUGGAUCAACGUUCAUGACAUCUUCUAUCCCUUCCCCCAAUCAGAGGGAGAGGACGAGCUCUGUUUCAUCCGUGCCAACGAAAGUAAGACCGGCUUCUGCCACUUAUACAAGGUCACCGCCGUGUUACAGCCCAGCGGCUAUGACUGGAGCGAGCCCUUCAGCCCUGGGGAAGAUGAAUUUAAGUGUCCCAUCAAAGAGGAGAUCGCGCUGACCAGCGGUGAAUGGGAGGUUUUGGCCAGGCACGGCUCCAAGAUCUGGGUCAACGAGGAAACGAAGCUGGUAUACUUCCAAGGCACAAAGGACACGCCCCUGGAGCACCACCUCUAUGUGGUCAGCUAUGAGUCAGCCGGUGAGAUCGUGCGCCUCACCACACCUGGCUUCUCCCACAGCUGCUCCAUGAGCCAGAAUUUCGACAUGUUCAUCAGCCACUACAGCAGCGUGGGCACACCGCCCUGCGUGCACGUCUACAAGCUGAGCGGCCCUGACGACGACCCGCUCCACAAGCAGCCUCAGUUCUGGGCCAGCAUGAUGGAGGCGGCCAGCUGCCCCCCUGAUUAUGUGCCCCCAGAAAUCUUCGACUUUCACACGCGGUCUGAUGUGCGGCUCUACGGCAUGAUCUACAAGCCACAUGCUGUACAGCCGGGGAAGAAGCACCCCACCGUCCUCUUUGUGUACGGAGGUCCCCAGGUGCAGUUGGUCAACAACUCCUUCAAGGGAAUCAAGUAUUUACGGCUCAACACGCUGGCGUCCCUGGGCUACGCCGUGGUUGUGAUCGAUGGCAGGGGCUCAUGUCAGCGAGGGCUUCGGUUCGAAGGGGCCCUGAAAAACCAAAUGGGCCAGGUGGAGAUUGAGGACCAGGUGGAGGGCCUGCAGUUCGUGGCUGAGAAGUACGGCUUCAUUGACCUGAGCCGGGUGGCCAUCCACGGCUGGUCCUACGGAGGCUUCCUCUCGCUCAUGGGGCUGAUCCACAAGCCCCAAGUGUUCAAGGUGGCCAUCGCAGGUGCCCCAGUCACGGUGUGGAUGGCCUACGACACAGGGUACACGGAACGAUACAUGGACAUCCCGGAGAAUAACCAACUUGGCUAUGAGGCGGGUUCCGUGGCCCUGCACGUGGAGAAGCUGCCCAACGAGCCCAACCGCCUGCUCAUCCUGCACGGCUUCCUGGAUGAGAACGUGCACUUUUUCCACACAAACUUUCUCGUCUCCCAACUGAUUCGAGCCGGAAAACCUUACCAGCUCCAGCCCUGCCUUCUGUAUCCACCCAGAUCUACCCCAACGAGAGACACAGUAUCCGCUGCCCUGAGUCUGGCGAGCACUAUGAAGUCACGCUGCUGCACUUUCUACAAGAAUACCUCUGAGGGCCCGUGGGCACUCGGCUGCACAUUUAGAGCACAAGUGGCUUCGCCGCCGCCGCCGCCGCCACCACCAGGGGGACCAGGCGGGAAGGAACGUGUGGCCUCACAGCCACCAACCCUGCAGUGCCCUCUCCUCAGCCCCCGCUGGACCACCCCGGGCCCAAGAGCCACCGCCUUCAUGUCCCAACGCCUUUUAUCAUUUUUUAAAAUGCUUCUGGAUUCUUUGCCUGCUGCUUCUUGGUUGCCAAGAUGGAAAGAUAAGGCCGACAUCCACGAGGCACUUCCUAAAGCCAUCCUCUCCUCUUCCCGUUGUCCGGGAGCAGGAGGCCUGAACUCCACCGGCCACCAGACAGGCUGGGUCUGCCUCCUGGGCCCUGACCCACUGCUGCACCCAGCGCAGAAGCAUGCAAUUGCCUUUUCUCCCCACCUGCCCCAUUUCUGAUCCACAUUUUGUUUUCGGGGACAUUUUUCAUAAUUAUUUAAAAGACAGAAAGCAAGGGGUGCCUAAAUCUAGAAUUGGGGUCUGCCGCUGAGGAACAGGCUUCAGCCCAGUCAGCGCCUGGUGAGCCCCACCUCUUUCGAAGCCCAGAGUGGGAAGUGGUGGCCAGCAGGUGUGAGCGGGGCACAUGGUGCAGGGCAGGCCCCCGAGGCCGCCCCUCCCCAGCUUUCAGGUAGGGUCUGAACUCGUCCAGCUUCGGUCUCUGCUGGCUGGUGGCUGCUGCCCACUGCCCAGCCCUCCGGCCACACGUCUGCCUGGCCUGCACAGACCGGUUUCCGGGGUUGGGAAUGGAACCAUCCCCGCCUCAGGGUUAUCUUUACUCCUUCCUUUCCCUCCCUGCCAAGAGUUCGGCCAGGGGCGGGCAAAAAGAAAAAGAAGAAGAAGAAAAAGAAAAAAAAAAAAAAAGCCCACCAGAAACAAACCACCUCUACAUAUUACGGAAAGAAAAUAUUUUUGUCGAUUCUUAUUCUUUUAUAAUUAUGCGUGUAAGAAGUAGGCUCAUUAAACGAUUCCAGAUGGAAGUGUU